UUGUUUUAUAAUAAGAAUAGCUUACCUAAACCCUAAUUCCCGUCUGUAGUGUACCUGUAAGAUGACGUCACUUCUCUCACUUCAGUAAAGUUAGAAAGAUAUUCCUUCUCUCCCACAUCUACCCUCAGCUUCCAGCGGGAUUGGAUAACGGUGGCGUUUGGGUGUGGUGGAGGUUUAUAAAUACAGGCAUUCUGACUAAGCUUUGUUGUUCCAGCAACAUUAUAACGGUCCGGGUUUUGGCAGACGGUCAGACUUUGCCUUCGGUGCAGUUUUUCACCUUUUUCUACACUUUUUUCCGCCAAAGAUGAACAGAAUUACUCUGAUUCUCGCUGUUUCUGGACUCUGCUUUGCAGUCGGUCAGGGUCUUCAGUGCUACAAAUGUUCGUUUGGCAUUGGGAGUCUGUGUAUAACAUCAAAUAUCACAUGUGAAAGCGGGGAGCUCUGCUACAGUGGUAAAGUGGGAACAGGUGAUCUCAAAUUCAAAAUGAAGGGUUGUCUUAAAGAGGCUGACUGCAAUAAGAUCAAGAACGUUACACUGCCCGGCAGCUCCGACACAACCCUCUACUCCAUUAACAGGACGUGCUGUAGCACAGACCUGUGCAACGCCGCACCAGGCCUGCCUGGAACUUCUGGGCUCAGCCUUGCAGCCGUCACCAUUUUUUCUUUCCUUGCAGCCAACUUCAUUAUUUAGUAUACUGGCUCAACGUGCAAACAACUUUAUUGUACUAUUUUUCAAACUUUUUUUUUCUGCUUGUUUAAAAGUAUAUUGUAGUGUUUUUUUGUAUGAUUUAAACCCCUCAUAUAUGUCUACAUGCAAUAAUCCUUCUUGUCACAGAUAAAAUGAUAGCAGAAAGUUUAAUCCAAUUCAACUUUAUUUUAACAACAUAGUCAGAAGCUGAAUUGAUAAGACAAAGUGUUUCAUUAUCUAGAAGUAGUUUGUCAGUUUGAACCAGAAAAUGAUUUUUUUUAACCCUUUCUUUUCAUUACCACUUUUGCUCCUGUUGGCAUAGAUUUAAAACUUGGAGAUUGGCCAAGAUAAUGUGUAAAAAGAAAAAAUGUGUUGUUGUUUUUUUUGGACACAAACAUGUUUUAGAGAAAUAUUAAUUUUCAACAAUAAGCUUUUAUCUAGUAUCUAAAAAGAAAAGCUACUGUAAGCCAAUGGCAACUGCACUAUGUGCUUUGAACUUUAAUUCAGACACAAUUUAUUUAGGCAUUCUGUAAAAACAUUUUUACUUAAUAACAUUAUUUUACAAACUGGAAACAUAUCUGAAUAUCUCUUAAUGUAAGUGGAAUAGUUUUAAUUUCAGCCAGUUAAUAUUCAAAUUUUACCAUUGCACUUAAUCUAUAAAAACACACAAUGAUUGAUUUGAAAUGUUAAUUUUAAUGAACAAAUUAUUUUAUUCAUCCAGGUUUCUGGACAAAUAAUACAGAAAUAAUAAAUGGUCAUCUCUGGUGAAAAAAUAGACCGUAAAACAUAAAAGAAAUGUUCAGCAGUUAGACUAGUAAAGUAAAUCAUCCUAAUCUCAAGGCACCAUCACCAUACACCAGCCAUUUUUUUCCCCUUUCUUGAUAAGUACAUAAAUCGCUGUACCUGUAUCAAUAUUUAGGGCCUUUUGCUGCCAAAAUCAGCGACUUUAGGGUAUUUUUUGCCUGUGUAGGAGUUAUUUCUUCAUUGUAUAACUAUUGUUUAGAGGAUAAAGGUGGUCUGAUAAUUUUUCCAUGACUACAUUUUAACAUUGCUUUACUUAAAAGCAUCAAAAACUGUGGGAUAAAUGUUUUUUUUUUUGUGUAAGUUCUUUUUUUGGGGGGGUUGGCUGGAAUCUUACGUGCACUUCUUACACUUGUCCUUUGUUACUGACCCCUUACUUCCUAUCUUAUUUUGCAUAUUGUUAUGAUGUUGUUCUUCUCUGGACAUUUCAUAUAUUAACUUUAAGGUGAAAUCUUUCUUUUUUGGAAUUUGUUUUGGCAAAGAUGAAUAAAGCUGGAAGCGGGAACAAAUAA